AACAACACAGAAAGGCUACAAGCCUGCAGCAACUUAUCCAGGCAACGUUUGAACAUGUUGCAUCCAAAGAUGCGUUUCUACUGUUCUUUUUCUUGUACCUCUAUGAAAACAUAUGCUCGGGAGCGGAAAACUUGAUUGACUCGGACAUUAUGACCGCCUUAUCCUUCUUUGACGAUUUUGCUUCCUGGGAUCCGAAUCGGAAGAACAGCAUCAAGGGCGCUAUAAAUUCGCAGAGUACAUUGUUGAGAACUUUCUUCUUCCACUCAGAGCUUCAUCUAAGACAAUGCAACCAACACCCGCGUCAUUGUCCUCAGUACAAACAUCUACGCCUUCUGGUACAACACAGCGUGUGUCUAUUCUGCGGCAAAGUUGCCUUGUGCGUGAUCGCCAUCGGUGAGUGGUUUCUCGAAAGUUUGAUAGGAGCGAAGCCGGAAAGCUUUUCAAGCAGUAUGGGGAGCAUUGCAAGGAUGACGAUGGAAUUCCAUUGAAAAUUGAAUCGAGCGACCGUUUUCAAUAUCAGAUGGCUCCACAACUUGGGGCUUAUAAUGAGUUUAAGACUUGGUGGCUGCUUUAACACACUGACUGUGUUCUAAUUAACUGUGCUUCUCGCUUCGCCCUGGGCACUCAAGCCAAGCAACCAAAGAACCUUUGGUGGGAUGAGCAUUCUUAUUAUAUUCUACGUCUGCGCUACGAAGGGGUUCAUCGGCAUGGCGUGAACUGGGACGGCAGGCCGAAGCCGCGAGUUCUACAUUGCGAGUCUCGAGAGCAGCAUAUCUGUUGCUUCCCUUUCAACAAUCAGGGCACCGAUGAAGUGGAGAUGUUGUCACACGAAUUUACUGUCAAAGCUAGGGUCACAAUCAAUAGCGAAGCGAAGAGCAGAGCAACUGAUCCGAACAUUCACAGAGACUCUCAGGCGACCAUUACUAUUGAUUUAGGGGAUGAUGAAGAGCCACUUGAGGAAAGACAAAAGAAACUGAAAAGAGUGCAAUGGAGGGAGGGGCCGCCCCCACCUCCCCAAAAGAAUUUCAGCAUCAGGUCACAUACACCCAGUCAAGACAGAACGAAUUGAGCCAUCAUGUAAACUUGACUGAAUUGAUUAUGUUUUGGGAAGGCAGGCAACUGGUGGGGAGACAGGAUGAUUGGGAUUGGUGAGGUAGGGGGCGAAAGGCAAUAAGGAGAGGGACAUCCAGAUUCCCUAGU